AUGCAGAUGCAGGCAACAAAAGUAGUAGAACAAAUACAUGGUAGUAGUAUUCAUCAGCCCCACAGGCUGAGGAACAAGAAAGUUAGUGAUUUAAUCACUGACAAGAGAAGGCUGGUGGAGGUUCCAUACACAGCUUCACUAGCUGACACCACGAAUGCUUUAAUUGCUAACAGGAUCACCGCCGUGGCAGUGGCGGCGCCACCGGGACACUGGAUAGGAGCUGGUGGUUCAAUGAUCCUGGUGGCUGAUAAGCACACCGGGGAAGUGACGAAACACUAUAUUGGGAUGGUGACUAUGCUGGAUAUUUUGGCCCAGAUUGCCGGGAAUUAUGUUGAGACAGAGAGCAGCGGCGGUGAUGAUCUGGACCAGAAGAUGAAAGUUCCGGUGUCAUCUAUUAUAGGGCGGUGCUUCGAAAGCCUCAGCUUGUGGACCCUCAACAGCUUAUGA